AUGCUGGCAGUAUUCCCCCGUUGAGUCGCUAUAUCGAUUAAAAAUAAUAUUAAGUGUCCGUCAAAUCCGUCAAACGGUUGAAAAACAACUUAUAUUUUUAACAAUAACAAAUUAAAAUGCUUAAUGUAUUAAACGCAAAGUUAUUUAUUACAAAGAGAUGUCUGCAUGCCAAAAACAAAUUGUGUUCAAAUGUGAUUCCAAUUAAAAACGGGAAAAACAACAGCGAAAGGAAGGCUUCGAAAGUGGUUUACGUAAAUGGAAAAAAUGAAAAGAGGACUGCUUUACGCCCUUUUAAUUCUAUCAAAGUCGGAGCUUGUGCCUUUCUCAACGUACCAAUUGUGAGGUUUUCAACUGCAUCGGCAUUGAGUCAGGAGGAUAAAAGUGAACAGAAGACUUCGUCACCUCCGAAGUCUGAGGAUGCUGGAGCACAGGGGAAGAUCAUUGCUGUGAUCGGUGCUGUAGUGGAUGUGAAGUUCGAUCAGCAUCUACCGCCGAUUCUAAAUGCCCUCGAAGUUCCUGGACGUAAACCACGUCUAAUACUAGAAGUCGCACAGCAUUUGGGGGAUAACUCGUGCCGUACUAUUGCCAUGGACGGUACAGAGGGUUUGGUUCGAGGACAACCAAUCAUAGAUACCGGAGCUCCCAUCACAAUACCAGUUGGUGAACCAACGCUGGGCAGGAUCAUGAACGUUAUUGGUGAACCUAUUGAUGAGCGUGGUCCGAUACUAACUGACAAGUUCGCGCCAAUCCACGCUGACGCACCUCCUUUCGUAGAAAUGUCUGUCGAGCAGGAGAUCCUCGUGACUGGGAUUAAGGUUGUUGACUUAUUAGCUCCAUAUGUUAAAGGUGGUAAAAUUGGUCUUUUUGGUGGCGCUGGUGUAGGAAAAACAGUUCUUAUCAUGGAGCUGAUCAACAACAUCGCUAAAGCGCAUGGUGGUUUUUCUGUAUUCGCCGGCGUCGGCGAGCGAACUCGCGAAGGCAACGAUCUGUACAAUGAGAUGAAAGUGGGAGGGGUUAUCAAAGAGGAUUAUAAGUCUUCCAAGGUGGCGUUAGUCUACGGUCAGAUGAACGAACCGCCGGGCGCUAGAGCCAGAGUCGCGCUCACAGGUCUGACCCUCGCAGAACACUUUCGUGACAAAGAGGGUCAAGACGUGCUGCUGUUCGUCGACAACAUCUUCAGAUUCACUCAGGCUGGUUCAGAGGUGUCGGCCCUCCUCGGCCGCAUCCCGUCAGCUGUCGGCUACCAACCCACUCUGGCCACUGACAUGGGGAUGAUGCAGGAACGCAUCACCACCACCAAGACUGGUUCGAUUACAAGCGUGCAAGCGGUAUACGUACCAGCAGAUGAUUUGACCGACCCAGCACCCGCCACUACCUUCGCUCACUUAGAUGCCACAACGGUGCUAUCUAGAGCGAUUGCAGAACUAGGAGUAUAUCCAGCUGUGGAUCCUCUGGACUCAACGUCAAGAGUUAUGGACCCUAAUAUAAUAGGGGCGGAACAUUACGGUGUAGCGAGAGGCGUGCAGAAGAUCUUGCAGGAUUACAAGUCCCUACAGGACAUAAUUGCGAUCCUGGGUAUGGACGAACUGUCAGAAGAUGACAAGAUGACAGUGGCACGAGCUAGGAAGAUACAGCGGUUUCUCUCGCAACCGUUUCAGGUAGCGGAGGUAUUCACAGGUCACGUUGGUAAAAUGGUCAAACUGGAGGAAACUAUUAAGGGGUUUAAGAAGAUUCUAAACGGUGAACUGGAUCACAUCCCGGAAGCGGCGUUCUACAUGGUGGGAACUAUUGAAGACGUGAUCGCCAAGUCGCAAGCUCUCGCCAAGAGUAUUUAAAUGAUAUGUUAUAAAACGUUAUUUUAAUAAAGUCAUAUGUUUAUUGUGUCAUUAAACGAAUU